AUGUUGCUCGACGAGGAUCCUGGCACUCUCAUCCACCACACCAUCGGCAACUUCAACAUCCAACCCGACAAACAAGCCGUCACACGCAUCAAUGACUCGCUCUCCACCCUCCAGCAAUCGCGCGACCUACGAAUCCGCGAAGCCGAAACUUCCCUACGAAAACUCGCCCGCAAUCUCCACUCCAUAACCACCCAACACGAAGAAGCAGUCGCCGUCCACGACUCCAGCAAGCACGCCGCCGAGAUCGUGGAACUAGACACCAAGAAGUUCCGCAUUGCCAAGGCUGCUUCAGAAUUGGAGAUUGAGAGUGAGCGUUUGGAAAGUGAACUUGAGAUGCUCAAGGAGCGACUGGCCGAUUUGGAGUCGCAAGGUCUGGAAGGGGAUGAGACGACGCGCCGUGAGCGGGAGGCUGACGAUGCGACGAUAUUGCGACUUAAAAUCUUCCGCUCUCUGGGCAUUGACAUCGAGCCCGAUGAGGCGGGGAAUUUCAACCGCGCGGUUAUUCGGAACAGCCGCAAGGGCGACGUGCAUGUCGUCAAUAUCGACCCGAAGUUUUCCCGUUUCUUCUACGCCAACUACUUCUGGUCGACAAUGCAGGGGUAA